ACUGCGAGGUGAUCAUCAGGCUGAGACGUCAAGUGCACAGAUACGGGACCUGCGUUGAAGGUACGCGCCACAAUAAGGCGACCUGUGUGUUGAUCAACUUUCUCUUUUGCGCCUUGCUACGUAGAGGUACUUAUAGUGAAAACACAUCUACUCGAUUUCGCAUCUCAUUUUAUUAGUAUCGAUAUAUUGCACUCCCAAGAUUCCUCCACAGCUUUAUCUACGCGUUACCUAAGUCCCUCCAAACAUGGGUAUCUUAGCAUCUUUCACUAAUCCUAAAAGUCCACUUUGGCAAGGACCUCAACGCUUACAUCACCAUCUAUUUCUCGUAAAGGCGUUUAUCCUUUUUAUCUUUAUCAUCAUCGUCAUUUCCCACAAUGCUUCCUUCAAGUACGGAUUUAACGACCGCGACAACGACCCCCGUUGGCAAAGCUUCGCGAACGAUUGGUUCUUCCGCACAGGAUUCGCAAUGAUCCCAGAUGCCAUUUACACCCUCUUCAGCCUCGUGGCUAUACCCCAAUCAGCCUCCGCACCAAAUUUGUUUCAUCCCAUCCUUGCUCUCACUUUCUCUUUGGUCAUGGUGUGUCUUUAUGCAGCCAUCUGCUUUCUACACACGCUCAUCAUCUACAACGAUGAGAGCAACACCUACAACAAGUCAUAUUGGGACGGCCUUGGAUAUGCUGAGGUGGGAUUCCAAGGGGUAAUAGGCCUUUUAUACGCGGGAAUGGCUUUGCUGAGUUGCAUUGCUGUGCAUCGGUGGAGGAGGUCGAAGAAGGGUGAGAGGGCUGGCUAUACUGCGGAUGUGGAGUUGACGCCUUCGACCAAGGAUGGUAGGGCCAGUGAUUUAAGUUAGAUGGUGAUCUAUAAGAAAGAGGUAAUGUGUUGCAAGGGAAAGAAGGCAUCGUUUAUUGUGCUUGCCAUUGGCGGGUUUCGCGGGUUGAUCACACCAGCAGCAUCAAAGGGAACGAAAGUGAGUAAUGAUGGGGUGAAAAAUAGACUACAUGUAUUUAUCUAGAGUCAUAAUGUAUAAUGCGUCAUAAGGUUCUGCGAUCUCAAGGAGAG